AUGUCACAUUAUAGACUUCCCUCAUUUAAUGAGUUAACGUCAAAUUUUUCAAAUAAUUUACAAAUUGAAAGUUCAAAUCAAAGUAAUAAAACUUCACCAGCUCCAAAUAGUGGAAUUCAAACACCAAAUCAAGUUAGAAAUCAACAUGAAUUAGUUUCAGUUUCAAAUGCUGCUCAACAAGUUUCAAAUUCAACAUCAUCAGCAGCAAUAGCAGCAGCUACUCAUGCUUCAAGUUCUGUUCCACCUCCAUCAUUUAUUCCUCAUCAACAACAUCAACAACAAACAAUUUAUCAACAAGUUCCAAUUUAUCAACAUUCACAACAUCCAAGUCAAUCUGUUCCACCACCUCCAAUAUCACAUAUACAACCACCACCACCACCACCACCACCACAACAACAACAACAACAUCCACAUCAUCCACACCCUCAACAUCCAUUUCAUCCUCCACCUCAACAAUAUCAACCUCCUCAGCAACAACAAUUUGGUAGACCUUUAAUGCCACAAAGAUAUCCAAGUGAAUUAACAAGAUAUCAAUUCCCUAAACAAGAACCAAAUUAUGUUACAGCAAAUGUAUCAAAUGAUACAUUAUCAGCACCAAAUUCUUCAAUCCCACCAAAUCAACAACAAUUCCCUUCAUUAUCAACCAUGAAUUUUAAUCAUGAUAGAAGAUUAUCAAUGCAAUAUCCUCCAUAUCCUUCAAAACAUGUUAAAAAGGAUUCAUAUGAUUCACAAACUUCCCUUAGUACAUUAGCUGAUAUUGCAAGUUCAAAUGAAGUUGAAGAUGAAGAGUAUAAAAUUUUUUUACAUUCAAUGGAAAAUUUAAUUGAUAAAUUUAAAAGAAUUACAAAUACUUUUAAUGAUGUUAAUUAUGAUUUUUUAAUUCAUUUAGAAAAAUCAAUGAAUGAAUCUAAGGAAACUGAUGAAAAAAUUAAAUUAAAUUUUGAAUAUAAAACAAAUGAUGGGAAAUUGAUGAAUGAAAUUUCUCCAAAGUUUUUAAAAGAAUUUGUAUCAAAUAUUCCUAUGGUCCCUUUAAAACAUACAAUUCAAGAUAUUGAUUAUGUUCAAUCAGUUUUACAAAAAUGGUUAAAUUUAAAGAAAAAACAAGAUGAUGAAGAUGAACAACAAGAAUUACAACCAGAAGUUAUGGAAUCAAUUCCAUCAAUCCCCAAGACUCCUAAAACCAUAAGAAAUCAAAGAUUGAAAAAUAACCAUUCAAGAACAAAUUCAAGAAAUUUUAAAAUUCAUCAAUCAAUUUCUGGAGCAUCUAGUGGAGGAGGUAUAAAGAAGAAACAAGAUCAUGAACCUUUUUAUAAAACAAGAAGAUCAAAUUCUUCAACAAAAUUACCAUCAUUAUCAACAACAUCAACAACAUCUUCCACGAAUGGUUCUUCAUCAAAUUCUAAAAAUGAUUCAAUUUCAUUAGUUGUAAACCCACCAAAACCCGUUAUUGAUUUAAAUGAUCAAGAACCUCCAAAGGGUAAUAUUAACCAGGAUUUAUCAAUAAAAGUAAAUUUAAAAUGUUUCCAAUGUGGUUCUGAUGAAACUCCUGAAUGGAGAAGAGGUCCAUAUGGUUCAAGAUCUUUAUGUAAUGCAUGUGGUUUAUUUUUUGGUAAAUUAACAAAAAAAUUUGAUGAAGGUGAAGCUACAAGAAUUAUGAUGAAGAGGAAAAAUCAAGGUAAUGGAGAUGAUAGAAGAAUUCCUAUUGAUUAG